AUGGAAGAAAACAGAAAUGUCUGUCAGAAAGAAGCAAAACCAAAGGGAGGGAAGCCCCCGACAAGGCUACAGAAGCACGCACCGGCAUCUCUUCAGCUUGACAAGGUUGCCCCCGCCGUCGACCCAUAUGCUGUCUCCGGCGAAACUCCCAAGGCAAUUCCGUUUCUGUCACCGCUCGUUCUUUCCCCACAACCACUGCCGGAGACAGUAGAGAAACGAUCAGGGGAGAGUGGGAGUGAUGAUCAAAAGGACAAUGGUGAGGAGGAGAAAAGUGAAGUCUUGUCACCGGGUGGGUGGCAACAUCCGGCUGCGCCAGCGCUCGCUGAUCCUGCCGCCCUGUGUACUAGUUUUCAAUCAAAAUGCCUACUCGUUGAUCAUGUACAGUGA